CCAGUGGCCACACCCUAGUAACCAAAUAUUCUGGUUUCAAUUCUUGGAUUGUGUAUCCCCGAAAAUGUUAUAUUUGGGUUAUUAUAUUGCAGGUUUCCCCAGAAAUGCUCCAUCCCUCUCUAAGAAAAAAUAUUGAAUACAUGGAUACAUGUCAAAUACUUGAUAUUACAGGCAUGAUAGGCGUCUCCCGGUAUAUGCUUAUCAUAGUGUUGCAGGUUUCAAAACUGGCGUCAUUAGCAAUUGUGGAUCAACAUAGAAAACCUUGUUAACUAUCAAAAUUUCCCAUGUAGGGUCAAAGUAAAUCUAUGGGAGAUUAAUCUGUUGUUUGCCUGUAACUUCUCUUAGCUCACUUUUUCCUGGUGGAUGAUUUACUUUGUUUCUGAUUUAAAGCCUCCAAAUAGGAUCUGACUUGGAGAAACAUGUAUUUGGAUGAGAAGGAUGUUACAAUUCUCUAAAGAUUCAUGAGGGCAUAAGAAAUAAUAAGACCACCUUGUUCAUAUUUUGGAUGCUGGCAAUUCUUUCAUGUGAUGAGAAAUUGUCAUUUAGCUAGCAGCGCAUGGCAUAUCAUGCCAUGUCAGUUGUGGAGUAUUUUGUCGCGAGUCUUGGAAACAUGGAUCUUGCUCUGCAUCAGGUGAGCUAGAGGCCAGAUUUCUUGAAUUCGAGUGUCCGAAGUGUCGACGCUUUGGCGUGCUGUAUCAAAUAUGGUCUGCAACUCUCUCAUGUAUUGUUUUUUGGGUAAGCUCAAAUUGUUAAAAAUCCUAGGAGAGAAGGUAUGCACGUCUGAGGGAAGUGGGGAAAAAGGAUCAGCCACAUGAACUGGCGAGCGUACGUACAUUCUUAAAAGUCUUCUUUUAGGGCAAAAAUAAUAAUAAUAAUAAUACAAUCACCAUACGAGCAUUAUAAUCAAAGCUUGGUUGCAUGAUGGGUUAGUACAAUCAGCAAGAUCAUAGUAUUACAAGCUGGGCUAGGUUUAUAUUCAUAAAUAUUCAGAAAUAACUUUGGUGAAGGUCGGUCUGAAUUUUACAGGAAGAAAAAAAAAAUAUCAGUCCGUAAUCUUAUGAUAUUGUAAUCUUAUGAUCUUAUUGGCUAUAUUGGUCCAACUCACAAAUUCAAUAGAAUUUUUAGCCCAAUCAUCUAGACAGGAUUUUAGAUUUUAGAGAGAUUUUUAACAAAGGGAUUGUAGCGAGUACGGUCCAACCGGUCACUCGUGAGAGACUUCUUAAAUUUCUCAUGUAAAGCAUCCAAGUUUAGAUCUACAUCAGUCGAUAUUUAUGUGGAAUGGAUGGACGCUAAUCGUUGAUUAUACCAAUGCGUAGCUUCAUUAUCGUCAUUGAGCUAUUGUCGCUUAAAUAAUUCAGUGCAAGUGUACCAAAAAAUUCAAUGCUAGCCAUUCGCUGAAAAGUUUUUAAGAAGAAUCCCAAAAAGCUGGUAGAAAGCUAAACCUUUUGACUCCCGUCAACCACUGUGACCUACUUUGUUCUUUUGCCUUGGACUGAUGUCAAAAAUUAGAAGAGCCCUAGUCCAAGAACCCUUCCUUUUUCUUUCUUUUUUUGGCACCUUAGCCCAGGCCUUAUCAUCAUGCAUUACAAAAUAUGUUUGGAAUCUAUUCUCAACUUGUACACCAGGCGACGAAAUCACAAGUUUAUUUCUUCUUUCUCAACUUAUACAUAAGAAGACUUCAAGCUUCUCACUUCUUUCUCCAUCUGUGUUCUAUGUAAGGAUUCCCUCCAGACUUCAUCCUCGUAGUUCUUAUUACAAGAAGCAUAGAAGGACCUUUGCAAACUGCCCCUGCAUCUCCUGCUGCUGCUGCUACCAACACUCCUUGCUUCUCCUCUUUCAACUUCUAGUAAUCUUCAAUGGCCGCAAGUUCAAACCAAGAGGCCAUGCAAGUUGAGGCCACCAGCCCCACAAUCCUAGUAGAGAAGAACCCACCACAGUCGCGCUUACUGAAACUGGGCAUCAACUCAUGGCCCAAGUGGGGUUGCCCUCCAGGAAAGUUCCAUCUCAAGUUUGAUGCAGAAGAAAUUUGCUACCUCCUAAAAGGAAAGGUUAAAGCUUAUAUUAAGGGAUCUUCCGAAUGUGUGGAUUUUGGCUCUGGAGAUCUUGUAGUAAUCCCCAAGGGAGUCAGUUGCACGUGGCAUGUAUUGGCAGCAAUCGAUAAGCACUACAAAUUCGAAUCCACUUCCUAGGAAAGUGGUCUUCUUCUCUCUGUUUGAUGUGGGUUCCCUAAAUCUAAAUCUAACCUCCUGGCUUUAGUUAUUAUGAUACUUCAAUUUCGAAGUGGUCUUAUUUAUUCCUCUAGACGAGCUUCGGUACUCCUUCCACCAUCACCUUGUGGGUCUGAGGAGGCUUUUACCCACAAAAUUUUGUAACAUGAAAGAAUUCGGAUGGCGUUAUGUGUCUUCUAA